AACCCUUUGACAGAGUGAUAUCGUUGAAAACCUUUCUAUCUCUAUAUGUGUCUCCUUCUAAGUUCUCUUCAUUUCAUGCUUCUCACAUUUUCAUCAUAAACUUAUCAAAAAUAAUUAAAUAUUAUUUUUCUCUCAUUAUUAUUUCUUUUUCUUCUAUGGGACAAUCACCGUCCACCGCCGUUCCGUCACCGUCACUAGACGUUAACCGAUUCCGUUACGGUGACGGCAACGGAUACGGUAACGGUGUUUCUUCCGAUGAUUUCAUCAACGGUGUGAAUUACUCGGAGGAAAUUCCUGAUGAAUGCUUAGCCGGGAUACUUCACUUCCUCGACGCCGGCGAUCGGAAAAGCUGCUCUGUCGUGUGCAAACGGUGGUUCCGUGUGGAAGGUGAAAGCCGGCAGCGGCUUUCACUAAACGCGGAGGCGAAAUUGGUAGACAUCGUUCCUUCGUUGUUCAAUCGUUACGAUUCUGUUACGAAGCUUGCGCUUCGUUGUAACAAAAAAUCAACGAGUAUAAACGAUGAUGCUUUGAUUCUGAUCUCGCUUCGUUGUAAGAAUCUCACGCGCUUGAAACUUCGCGCGUGUAGGGAAGUUACUGAGAUUGGGAUGUUAGGGUUAGCGAGAAAUUGUAAGAAUUUGAAGAAGCUUUCUGUUGUUUCGUGUUUGUUUGGUGUUAAGGGUAUUCGUGCUGUUGUUGAUAAUAGUAAUGUUCUUGAGGAACUUUCUGUUAAGAGGCUUCGUGGUGUUAACGAUGUUAACGAGGUUAAUGAGGAAGGUGUUGAAUCGGGUUGUGGUAAUGGGUCAUCUUCGUUGAAAUCAAUUUGUUUGAAGGAGCUUGUUAACGGGCACUCGUUUGCUCCAUUGAUAAUUGGUUCGAGAAAGCUUCAAACUCUGAAGUUGAUUCGGUGUAUUGGUGAUUGGGAUUCGAUGCUUGGGACGGUGGGGAAGAUGAAUUCUGGGUUGGUUGAGAUUCAUCUGGAGAAGGUUCAAGUUAGUGAUGUGGGUCUUGUUGGGAUUUCCAAGUGUUUGAAGUUGGAAACUUUGCAUCUUGUGAAAACACCUGAGUGUUCAGAUCAUGGUCUUGUUGUCAUUGCUGAGCGUUGCAGGAUGUUGAAAAAGCUUCACAUUGAUGGGUGGAGGACUAACAGAAUUGGUGAUGAGGGUUUGGUUUCGGUCGCGAGAAACUGUCCUAACUUGCAAGAGCUUGUGUUGAUUGCUAUGUAUCCUACGUCGUUGAGUUUGGGAGCAAUUGCUUCGUGUUGUCUGGGUUUGGAAAGGUUUGCUCUUUGUGGGAUUGGAACUGUUACUGAUGCUGAUAUUGAGUGCAUUGCUUCUAAGUGUGUGGCACUUAAGAAACUGUGCAUUAAGGGUUGUCCUGUGACUAAUGUUGGCAUUGCUGCUUUUGCUUCUGGGUGUCCUAAUUUGGUUAAACUCAAGGUGAGAAAGUGUGUGAAAGUUACUGGUGAAGCUGCGGGGUGGCUGCGAUUAAAGAGGAGUUCUUUGGCGAUUAAUUUCGAUCACAGUCAAGUGGAAGCAAUGGAUGGAAGUGGUAGUGAUGUUGGAGUUCAAGAAACUACCAUGGCUUUUCUGCAAAAUGACACUGAAGUAACCCUUAUCGAUGAGCCUUCAAGCAGCAGCAACAACAAUAAUCGAUUGUCUAUGUUCAGGACCAAGUUUGGAUUUUUGGUUGGUAGGAAUUUUGUGCCGUGUGCGUUCAGAAGGUGGGCAAACGUCGAUGAUACUAUUGAUGAUAGCAGCUUUUCAUGAUCAUUAGGUUCGACUAGAAGUAUUACAAACACGAAGGAUGCAACGAACAUUGUUUUGUUUUCCUUUUUUAUAUUACAGUUGAAAUUUGUAAACUUACAUUUUUGUUUCUUUGUUGGCAUCAAACAGAAUCUCUAAGUAAUUCCAUUAAUAA